AUGGUUACUUUAGAAAAUAUAAAUAUUUUUAUUUUUGCAAUUGGUUCAGGAUGGAAUGCAAAUUGGGAUGGUGUUGGUGAAGGAUUUUGUUCAUCUUUCACAUCAAGAUUCAAAUCAGAAUCAUGUCAUUUUGUGCAAAAGAUAAUUAAAAACAAUUGCAUAAUUGAGAUCUAUAAAGGUAAUGAAUGUAUAGCAAAUUUUAAUGGAGCAACCCCAACAGAGGUUUGGAAAAAGACUGGAGUUUUAAAAAAAUACAAAGAAUCAAUUCAUUCAUGA